AGAGGAGAAGGUUACAGGAUGAGGGAGCGCAGGCAAUCCAGCUCCAAUUAUAAUUCCCCAGUAAUUGUUUCCUUCCAUAAUUCACCCGCCAUCAACCACCUCUUCGUCUCCAAGUCCAACUCCAACUCCAACUCCAACUCCAACACCAACACCAACACCAGCAUCUGCAACACUUCAAAACCUACCAACCCUCAGAGCCGCCGUAAACCGCCAUGGAUUUACAUCCCGUGCAGGAAGACCAGCAGGACCCAAAACCCAGAAGCUACUGGAGCAGAUGGAGCAAGCAGGACUUCUUCCCAGAACCCUCAUUCCAGAACUUCAAUUCCUACAAGGACGCACUCUCCCACACCCCCUCCCGCCUUAAGGACCGCCUCUUCCACCGCUCCUCCGACUCCUUCGAGCUCCUCCAGCUCCCCAAACAGAGCGAGAAUCGCAUGAAGCGCUGCCUCACCUGGUGGGACUUAAUCUGGCUCGGCGUCGGCUCCGUCGUUGGUUCAGGCAUUUUCGUCAUCACUGGGCAGGCAACCCGCGUGAACGCCGGUCCGGCCAUUGUUCUCUCCUACGCCAUCUCUGGCUUCUCUGCUUUGCUCUCGGUUUUGUGCUACUCAGAGUUCGCCGUCGAAGUCCCAGUUGCCGGCGGGUCGUUUUCGUAUCUUCGGAUCGAGUUGGGGGACUUUGUGGCGUUCAUUGCUGUGGGGAACAUCCUCCUGGAGGCUCUGGUGGGUUCGGCAGGGCUCGGAAGGUCUUGGUCUUCUUACUUUGCCAGCAUUUUAAGGACUGAUGACACCGAUUUUCUGCGAAUUCGUGUAAAGUCUCUGCCUGAUGGGUUUAAUCUUUUGGACCCAAUAGCUGUUGUGGUGCUUUUGGUUGCUAAUAGUAUUGCAAUAAGUGGGACUAGGAGGACUUCUGUGUUGAAUUGGAUUGCUUCCAUAGCUAGUGGUUUGAUCAUAGUGUUUAUAUUGAUUGUUGGGUUUGUUAAGGGAAAGACUGAGAAUUUGGUGCCCUUUUUCCCAUAUGGGGCAAAGGGCGUUUUCGAGGCGGCUGCUGUUGUGUACUGGUCUUAUACUGGUUUCGAUAUGGUUGCCAAUAUGGCCGAGGAAGCGAAGAAACCCUCGAGGGACAUACCGGUUGGUUUGGUUGGUUCUAUGAGUCUGAUCACAGUGGUUUAUUGCUUGAUGGCUUUGGUGUUGAGUAUGAUGCAGAAAUACACUCAAAUCGAUAAAGAUGCCGCUUAUUCGGUUGCUUUUGAGGCAAUUGGGAUGAGUUGGGCUAAGUACUUAGUGAGUAUAUGUGCCCUCAAGGGAAUGACUACAAGUCUGCUGGUUGGGUCUAUGGGGCAAGCUAGGUAUACCACUCAGAUUGCAAGAGCACAUAUGAUCUCACCCUGGUUUGCUUUGGUUCACCCGAAAACUGGAACCCCCAUUUAUGCUACUGCAUUGGUAACCUUAAUUAGUGCGGUUGUUGCUCUAUUCACUAGUCUGGAUGUGCUGUCGAGCGUCUUCUCUUUCAGUACGCUCUGCAUAUUUAUGUUUGUGGCUAUUGCAUUGCUUGUGAGGCGAUAUUAUGUUAAGGAUGUGACGCCAACGAUUGAUUUGGUCCAAUUCCUUGUAUGUUUGUUCUUAAUAAUCGGUGGUUCUACUGGAAUUACGGCGGUUUGGGAUAAAGGCAUGCGCGGGUGGGUUUGGUAUGUAGUGUUUUCUGUGAUUUGGUUAUCGGGGACUUUGUGGAUGGCAUUGCUUCCAAAGCACCGAGUUCCUAAGGUUUGGGGGGUUCCACUUGUUCCGUGGUUGCCUGCAUUGUCGAUUGGAAUUAAUGUUUUUCUCAUUGGGUCUCUGGGUUAUGUUGCAUUCUGGAGGUUUUUCAUUUGCACCGCAGUCAUGGUUCUCUACUAUUUGUUCGUCGGUGUACAUGCAACAUAUGAUGUAGCUCACCAGAUUGAACAAGAACCAAAAACUGAAGAGGGAAAUGAAAUCGCUAGUUAAGAGGUGCUAUGCUUGUCUACUAGUUGACGGUCGGUGUAGAUGCAGCAUAUGAUGUGGCUCAACAGAUUGAACAAGAACGAAGAACCGACAGUAUAUCUCUUAAGAGAAUUUGUGAGUAUAAGUUAUCGCGUUAGAUUGUCUAGUUUUCCAUAUCUUCAGCUUCGUUUUUCAUGUUGUUUUAGUUUCGAAUAAAGUUAAUGGGAACAAGGUAGUUUCUACGACGAAGGAAGUCAAGUUUCCACCAUAAAAUCAAAAUGUGUCCCAACCCGUUGUAUGCACAUCUACGGUCCCUUAAUUCUCCGACGCAGGAUUCACAAUGUCAAAUAUUGGCAUGAUUCUGUUUUCA